ACUUCUGUCGAUUGAUGAACUGUUUUGCCUCGUUGAUGAAUGUUUAGAAUGGUUUUUUGCGAAUGAAAAAAAAACAUCAGUCGUUUAGUCAGUUGGUGAAUUCGGUGUAGAAUAGUCGGUGGCGAGGCAUCAGUCCGUGUAGUGGGUGUGUGUUUUAAAUAAAUCUGUUUACCGAAAUCAAGCAACGUCGGACAGGAAGGCAUGAGCGCAAGACAUUAAUCAGUGAGACAUGUUGAGCAAUUAAGACGAAUGACGCCAGACCCUCCCCGGAGAUUGACACUUUUCAAGCAAAUUGAAAAUCAACAUGUGAAAAGUUCCAGCGAUAUCCUAGUCUAGUAACAAACACACAAAAAAAAAUGGUCCAGAACGAAUAAAAAGCUGUUCUACUAAUUGGAUUAAUUGAGAGUGAAAGAGUCCUACACAGGUGUCAGUUGAACCGAGUGAAGAGAGUGGUGAGACGGUCAGUCCCCGAGUCCCAGUCCGGCGACUGUUUGUACACCGUUUCAGGUAGCUGUACCCGACGGACUCGGAAUGCCUUGUUUCGGGGGAAAAAACGGACGGUUAACGGUGAAGACCUUCCACAGAAAGUGUCCGGCAGUGGUACGCUGAGGUGCACUCCCGGUCCGAGCCUACACAUAUGAAUGUGUCUCUGUGUCUUGCGUACGACGGGAUGAGAUUGAUGAGGAAAGCAAACAGGAAUAAUGAAGUGCAAUUUUUGUUACCUGAUGAUAGUGCAUCCGGGGCUGUUGAUGCUGCUAGUAUUGACCAGCCGACCGGUGGCAGCUCACAGCAGUGAUCCGCAUUUGUUUGAAAAUAGAGACGGUUACAUAAUUGGCAAUUAUCUACACGCCUCGGAACAGGACAUCCGGGAUUUCUUCUGGACGGGUUCCGGCGAUGGACCGGCAGUUAAUCCCUUCGACCGGUUUCCAAUCAGUGAAGAUGCAAUCAUUAAAACGGCUACCGUUGUGGCCACGGUGUACAUCGACCGGAACAAUGGUGGCGACGGGAUGGGAGAUGACCUUUGCAUUUUCGAUUGCCCGCCGGACAGCAGUGACGGUGUGGAUCAGACAAUUGACAAUGUUACCCCGACGGAUCGGCGCUUCUGGCUGAUGACGGUGGUCGGUGGUCUGUACGGUGAGAAGGAUUAUCCGGAGCUGGAGGGAAAACUGGCCAGGCUAUAUCGGGUCGCAUUUACCAGACAACAAGCAUUACAUCUCGGAAUCAACAACAACACACUCCACAUGCAACCGUCAUACAAGAUGCUGGCUCAGCGGCGAGCCAGAAGGCAAGUUCUGCAAAGACUAUCGCCAUCGUACCGAGGUACAAGUAAGAUGUCCGAUACCAACGGGACGGUGAUGGUCACAUCAAGUGGCACUCGUGAGCACUUUCCCGACACGAAUGUUGUGGUCAAUGAACAGGUCUACAAGGACGACCAUAUUCACCGGAAACGACGGAAAAAAGUUCGCAAAAGAAAUACGAACGAUGAAUUCGCUGGGGAUGCCGAGGGAAGUCACCAGGGAGUCACUCAGCAGCACGAGCCAAUGCAACAGAUGCAACGCGCUCCGGACAGCCGAACGGGCGAGUCCGUCGUAGUAGGCGUUGAUGGUGGAACGACACCACUUACGCGUAAUUAUGACAGGGACAGUUUUUCGAGCAAACGCAGAGUACGGAUUCUGAUACAUAACACUACCCAUUUGCGUGAGAGUGACAGUGACGAGGACUCGAUGGCGGUCGAUUCACCGAGAUCAAAUCAACUGUUGAACCAAACGGAAAUCAUCUACUCGGUCUUUGUCGGAGGUCAACCGGUGCUGGCGACGACUGCUGCCGAAGACAUGAAACUGAUGACGCAGGAGGAAGUGGAACGCGUUAUGGAAGCGUUGGUUUUCCUGAAGGCAGAUCCCUACCUGAAGGAACCGCAAGCGACACCGUUGAUCCCAUCGACGUACAACGGGAAUUCGAAUGUGAUUGCUCUUAUCGGACAGAACCCGACGCUAUUCGUGGUGUCCUGCAUGGCGGCCGCGUUGUUUCUGGUGUUGUUGAUUGUCAUAUUUCUGGUAGCUCGUGACAAACGAAAACACAUCACAGAAUUGAAAAAACUGGAAUUAACACAGGCUCUGGUGAUGUCUGGUGGCGGUGCGGGUGAUGAUCUUAAUACGAUCAAAUCGGACAGUGGAAGUAGCCAGAAUUCUCCCUUCACCCGGAAUGCAUCAGCGGUGAGUGUUGUCGGAUCGAUUCCAGCUUACAAACCAUCGCCAACCAUUCACUUCCCACUGCCGCCAAUGUCGAGGCCAAGCUCGUCGUCGAGUUACUCUUCCGACUCUUCCGUCUACUAUCCGAAGCGAAAACUGAAACAUCACACCCAGGAACUGCUGGAUGAACGGGCAGUUACCUUAACGAACAAAUUGCAGAAACAAUUCGGAACCCUCGUAUCGACCGAGAACGUGUAUGCCUCGGUACAGAAGCCAAAGAAAGAUCCGCAUCCGCACAAGCGUCGCAGAAAGUAUCUGGGAGAAAACCGUGUCGGUUCAAUAGAUGGAACCGGUUCACAAGCACUGGCAAGUCCCGUAACGACAAGCACCGGCAACAGUGCCAGUGGAUCCAGCGAACAGUCCUACGACACCCGACCGGUGAAGUUGACGCCACCAUUCGAACACAACGAAACUUUCAAUGCCGAUGUCAUUAUGAGGCACUAUUUGAAGAAGAAAACCGGACACUACAACGCGGGAUUCACGAUGGAUCAUCAAGGUUCAGUCGAAGCCAUCAACAAGGGUAAAAUUAAAUAUUUGGAACAAUCUGGUCGCACCUCUGUCGAUACUGGCAGCAUUGGGUCAUACCUUAGUAUGGCUUCGGUGAAGAGUUUUCCAAGAUGUUUUGUACCCGAACCACUGAGCCGAGUGUUGGAACCGAUGACGAUGACACAUCUCGAUCAAUCGGAAACGGGAGACGGUGGUAAGUCUACGGCUCCGGGUACUGCUUCCACUAGUCAGUACAAUACGGACACCGAACUUCAGUUGUCGCGAAGUCAAAGUGAUGGAGCUGAUCCGGGAGUCGUUGGACCAGUUGUAUGGCAAAUACAUAAGCGCGAGAUGGAAGAAAUGACGAGUCCUCUACGUGAUCCCAUAAUCACCCGAAACCGAUUCGAAGGUCUAUUGGAGGGAGCGAUACAACUCUACAGCGAACCGGUGGACAAGGAUGACACCAACAAGAACUCGUCCAUCACGUUACCGGGUGUGAUACGAUCAAUCGGAGAGCACCGUGGAAAGUCGGCAGCCGUUGUAAGGCAAACGACAUCCCGUGCCUGCUCGGCCACCGUUCGGCCCGUAACAGCAGCCGGGCAGGUAGUCCGUGGUAGACUGGAGGGAUCACGUCCCCCGUCACCGGAACGUGGAGCUUGGAGCAGUGGAACGCACUCUCCGCUAGUCAGACCGAUGAGUGCCGGACCCUUCCAUACCCCUUUGACGCCCCACAGUACCAUCGCUCGUGUCACUGCGCCGAAUACCGUCCUGCAGUCAACCGAACUGUCAACUGCUCCGCUACUGCAGAAUUUAAUGCACGAACUGAAACGUUUCCGGCAUGAGUGACGACGAUUUUCGGAAUAGACACUAGUGUUAAGCACUGCCAAUUUUUUUGCGGUAGUAUAAUUCCUAUCAUUGUAUCUUAAAUAGCGAAUGGAUUUGUGUAGUACGUGGCGCCAUUCUCACUAAGCAGCAGUAGAUCUGACAUCUUAUUCUAAAAUAAUACAUAUUUGUAUAUGGUCCUACAUUUACACCACUGCAGUGGAAACUUUUUGGGUAUUGAGUAAAAUAAAUCGAAGAAAUAAACAAGCAAUUACUGU